CGGACGCGCCUACUCACAAACGCGCAGUGUCUAGUUUCCCGCCAUUUCCAACAAGCACACAACAGAACGUAAAACCCAUCGACGAGCCUCGAAGUUCCGAGGGUUUUUCAUCUACGUCUGGUUCACAACAAGGCGAAGAAACAAAGCCAUAAUUGAAAGCUUCAAACGAAACAGAAGAAAUGGAUGAAAAUGUCGAUGAGCAAAGCAAGCUUCCCGAGCUCAAACUUGAUGCUAAACAGGCUCAAGGGUUUCUCGCAUUCUUCAAAACCCUACCCCCCGACUCGAGAGCUGUUCGAUUUUUUGAUCGUCGGGAUUACUAUACUGUCCAUGGCGAUAGUGCAGUUUUCAUUGCAAAGACCUAUUACCGUACUACAACUGCUUUACGACAACUGGGCAAUGUAUCUGAAGCUCUGUCUAGUGUGAGUGUCAGCAAAAAUAUGUUUGAAUCAAUUGCCCGGGAUCUUCUUUUGGAAAGAAUGGACCAUACAUUGGAGCUUUAUGAGGGCAGUGGUUCCAAUUGGAGACUGAUCAAAAGUGGUUCACCUGGUAAUAUUGGCAGUUUUGAAGACGUUUUGUUUGCAAAUAAUGAAAUGCAGGACAGCCCUGCUAUUGUGGCACUAUUACCGAACUUCCGAGAAAAUGGGUGCAUUGUUGGACUAGCCUACGUUGAUUUAACAAAAAGAUUGAUGGGGUUGGCUGAAUUUCUCGACGAUAGCCAUUUUACAAAUGUGGAGUCAGCUCUGGUUGGUCUCGGUUGUAAGGAAUGCCUUCUGCCUCUAGACAGUGGAAAGUUCGGUGAUUUAAAACCUCUACAUGAUGCAUUGACAAAGUGUGGUGUGAUGUUAACUGAGAGAAAAAAAUCAGAAUUUAAAAUGAGAGAUUUGGUGCAGGAUCUUUCAAGGCUUGUCAAAGGUUCUGUUGAACCUGUUAGAGAUAUGGUAUCUGGAUUUGAAUUUGCGCCUGCUGCCUUAGGAGCAUUGCUGGCUUAUGCAGAAUUACUGGCAGAUGAAAGCAAUUAUGGAAACUACAACAUCCAGAAAUACAAUCUUGAUAGCUACAUGAGGUUAGACUCUGCUGCCAUGAGAGCAUUAAAUGUCCUAGAAAGUAAAACUGAUGCAAACAAAAACUUCAGCCUGUUUGGUCUCAUGAAUAGAACCUGUACUGCUGGAAUGGGUAAAAGAUUGCUUCAUAUGUGGCUAAAACAGCCUCUGUUAGACGUCAAAGAAAUUAAUUCUAGACUGGAUCUUGUUCAAGCAUUUGUGGAGGAUACUGCUCUCCGCCAGGAUUUGAGACAACAUCUCAAAAGAAUCUCAGAUAUUGAACGAUUGACACAGUAUCUCGAGAAGAGAAGAGCUGGAUUACAGCACAUUGUUAAACUUUAUCAGUCAAGUAUAAGGCUUCCAUUCAUUAAAAAUGCCUUGGAGAAUUAUGAAGGACAAUUUUCCUCACUUAUCAAGGAGAAGUACAUGGAAUGUCUUGAGAUCUGGACUGACAACGAUCAUCUGAACAAGUUCAAUAAUCUUGUGGAAACUGCUGUUGAUCUUGAUCAGCUUGAGAAUGGAGAAUAUAUGAUUUCAUCUAGUUACGACCCUGCUCUGUCCAAGUUGAAGAAUGUGCAGGAAUCGAUAGAGCAGCAAAUACAGGAUUUGCAUAGGCAGGUUGCUAAUGAUCUUGAUCUUGCGGUUGAUAAGGCUUUGAAGUUAGACAAAGGUACACAAUUUGGACAUGUUUUUAGAAUUACUAAGAAAGAAGAACCAAAAGUAAGGAAAAAGCUCUCCACCCACUUCAUUGUCCUUGAAACCCGAAAAGAUGGAGUGAAGUUUACAAACACCAAACUUAAAAAGCUGGGUGACCAGUAUCAGAAAAUAGUCGAGGAGUACAAGAAUUUCCAGAAAGAGUUGGUUCACCGAGUAAUUGAAACUGCAUCAUCCUUCAAUGAGGUAUUCAGACCCUUGGCGGAAAUGCUCUCAGAAUUAGACGUUUUACUUGGUUUUGCUGAUUUAGCCUCUAGCUGUCCAACUCCUUAUACUAGGCCAGACAUCACAUCAUCGGAUGAGGGAAAUAUUAUAUUGGAAGGAAGUAGGCACCCCUGUGUGGAGGCUCAAGAUUGGGUUAAUUUCAUACCAAAUGAUUGUAAAUUAGUAAGGGGAGAAAGUUGGUUCCAAAUCAUUACUGGGCCUAAUAUGGGCGGAAAAUCUACAUUUAUCCGACAGGUUGGAGUGAACAUUCUAAUGGCACAAGUAGGUUGUUUUGUUCCCUGUGACAAAGCUAGUAUUUCUGUUCGUGAUUGCAUUUUUGCCCGCGUAGGUGCAGGUGACUGUCAACUUCGUGGAGUUUCUACCUUUAUGCAAGAGAUGCUUGAAACUGCAUCUAUACUGAAAGGAGCUACAGAGAAGUCUUUGAUAAUCAUUGAUGAAUUGGGCCGUGGGACAUCCACUUAUGAUGGAUUUGGUUUAGCAUGGGCCAUUUGUGAACAUCUUGUUGAAGUGAUUAAAGCACCCACUUUAUUUGCAACCCACUUCCACGAACUAACUGCACUAGCUCAUGGCAAUACUGAUCUUGAGCCCCAUGGAAAGCAAAUUGUUGGUGUGGCAAACUUUCAUGUCAGUGCACACAUAGACUCAUCAAAUCACAAGUUGACAAUGCUGUACAAGGUUGAACCUGGAGCUUGUGAUCAAAGCUUUGGGAUUCAUGUAGCAGAAUUUGCAAACUUUCCUUCUAGUGUCGUGGCACUUGCCAGAGAAAAGGCUGCUGAACUGGAAGAUUUCUCCACUGAUUCAACUACUUCAGCCACUACCGGGAAAGAGAUACCAUCAAAGCGAAAACGCGAGUUUGGUUCAGAAGACAUGUCCAAAGGUGUAGGGCGGGCUCGCCAGUUUUUAGAGGAGUUUGCUAAUCUUCCAUUGGAUAAAAUGGAUCUAAAGGAAGCUCUACAACAAGUGAGCCAAUUACGAGAUGGUUUGAAGAAGGAUGCCGCGAACUCUAAUUGGCUCCAACAAUUCCUUUAAGGCGGUGCCUGCUACCUCAUUCUUGUCUUGUGAUCUUUGUACAGCUUGGUCAGGCGUGAAGGAGAUGUUUGUUUAGUAUCCUCCCUCACAAUUUUGGUGAGCGCUGGCUAUUUUUUUUUUUGUGGAGGGGAAAAGUUAAUUAUGAAUCAAAGCAAGAAGGGGAAUGCUUGGAGACUAUGGAAUCUGCAGACUACUUCUA